AUGCGUCUAUCGAAUCUUCUCGCCGUGGCUGCGGCCCUUCUGGGUGCCGAUGUCCAUGCCGAAGUCGCAAAGCUCCCCCUCCCCAAGAGCUGUAGCGGAGUCCCAAACAUGCGCUACCAAUACACCAUCAACCCCGCCUGGACCGUCAUGAAGAUCGCCGGCAGCUUGAAGCAAGUACGAACCAUCAUAUGGGACACCGAGGGCAACAUGCUCGUCCAGCAAAACACCAGGGGCGUUUCCGUGCACACCUUUGGCGCCGACGGCUGCAUCAACAGCACAAACAUGCUCAUCUCCGGUGGUGGUCUCAACCACGGCUUGGACUUGACUCCCGAUGGCAAGACCCUCUACGCAUCCUCGGAGACGACUCUCUACAGCUGGGCGUACGAUCCCCUCACACGCAAGGUCAGCAACCAAAAGACCGUUGUCAAGGAUAUGUCGACGGGUGUGCACUCGUCUCGUACCGUCAAAGUUGUUCCCGGUCAGCCGAACCUGGUCCUGUUGCAAGUCGGCAGCAAUUCCAACCUCGACAUGGCUGCGCAGCAACCGUCGACUGGCCGUGCUUGCAUCAAGGUCUUUGACGUCAACAAGGUUCCCUCGGGUGGGUACAACUAUAACACGCAGGGCGAGAUGUUUGGGUUUGGCUUGAGGAACGAGAUUGGCUUUGUCCCUGACCCCAAUGGUGUUUUCUGGGGUGUUGAGAAUAGUGGUGAUGACUUCACUCGCACCGAGAACGGUCAGCGCAGGGACAUCCACACCAACAACCCAGCCGAGAAGCUCAACAACCUCGGCGACCCCCGCACCGUCCGCAACGCCUGGUACGGCUACCCAACCUGCUUUUCUGUCUGGGACCCCUCCUCCUUUACCAACAGUCUCAAAACCGGGCAACACUUCGUCAUCGCCCCGAACACCUCCUACAACGACGCCACCUGCAACGGCAAGGCCAUUGCCCCCCGACUGACCUUCCAAGCUCACUCCGCUCCAAUUUGGAAUACCUUUGACGACGAGGCCAAGAACAUCUGGGAUCCGGCGGGACGGGGACUGUUUGUGGGAAGUGAUAAUAGUGCUGAGGGGGAGAUUUAUAUCUUGAGUCCAAAGUCGUAA